AUGUCGACGAGUCCGGGCCUUGCAUUCGCCAACCUCACCCUCCUCUUGGACGUUCCUCAGCUCCCAGCCAUAUGGGCAGUGAAUGCGUGGCGGGAACUCAAUGGACUGGUCACAGAGAUGAAGACGCUAACUGGGACCACCUCCGACUUGCUCUACCCCAGCAACCGCUACAACCCACAGAACGAGAAGACAAACCGGAUGGGUCGGCCGAGAAAGUAUAACCACGACUCCUGGAUGUUUGGUACUCCCUACUAG